UUUGGGAAAUCAAAACUUUGCUCCACGGGGUUAUUUGCACGACACGCCGUGGCUUCAAGACCUAAAACGAGUCAAGAAGAUUGAAGACCGACGGUCAUGCGGUCACUUCAUCCAGAAGACUGACAGCGAGUAAGAGCCUGUUGCCACACAAAGCUCAUUAUUGGAGAACUGCGGUCCUGUUUUCCCCUGACAUCGAGCGUACUACCAGUGACACCAGCCUGGCGGUAGAACAAUGGGGACACUGGUUACAUCACCGAGGAUGGCAUCUGUCAAUGAGGCAGUCCUGAGCCUCCCGGGAUGUAGAUUCAUGAUGGCUACCUGGAAGAUUUCUCAACCUCCAGAUCAUUAAACACAAGAGGUCUGAAGUGCUAUGGAGAGGGGCGACCGUGGCAGAGAUGGGAGGAGAAUGAAGAUGCGGCGAGACAGUGCCGUAAUGAAGACGCGACCCUCAAAGUGCUUCAAGAUAAUGAAGGAAAGAUAGUGAGAAGUAUCUGGAAGGCUGGAUUAUUUGCAGAAGAUGCUGUUGGGUAAUAGCAUGGAAGGAAACAUGCCAGCGUCCCUGCUUGAUUUGCCCCAAAAGUCGGUGUGUGAAGGAUGUCACCAGUUGAUCCGUGAUAAAUACCUGCUCCGCGUAAGUGACGGCUUCUGGCACGAACAAUGCGUCAAUUGUGCGGCUUGCAGGGAGCCCCUGAAAAACAGCUGCUUUCUGCGGGACAACAAACUUUACUGCAAGCGCGACUACGAGAACCUGUUUGCAGCUCGCUGCGGAGGCUGCUCGGGGGCCAUUGGGCCGUCGGAGCUGGUCAUGCGGGCCCGCGAGUCUGUCUACCACCUGCGCUGCUUCUGCUGCUGCGUGUGCGCGCGCCGCCUGCGGAAAGGCGACCGGUGCGUGCUGAGAGAUGGCCGGCUGCUCUGCGCCAGGGACUGCGGGGAGCCCGCCAGCCCAGCCACCUCCGACUCCGGUAAAAGUGAUGAGGAAGAGGACGGCCCUUUGAAGACGACCUGCGGAGGAAGCGGCGCUGAGGACGCUGACCCCAAACGCCCUAAACGCCCCAGGACGAUCCUGACCACCCAGCAAAGACGGGCCUUCAAAGCCUCCUUUGAGGUCUCUUCCAAACCCUGCCGAAAGGUGCGGGAGACCUUGGCAGCAGAGACGGGGCUGAGUGUGCGAGUCGUGCAGGUCUGGUUCCAGAACCAAAGAGCUAAGAUGAAGAAGCUGGCAAGGAGACAGCAGCAGCAACAACAGCAGCAACAGCCUCAAGAUCAGCACAACCCCCAAAGACAGCCAGCGCCCCCCUGUGGAAGCCUGAACCCCAGCAUGGACAGCCUGACCUCAUACUCCAGCCUGCAGCAGCAGCAGAUCAUUGCUCUGGAGCAGCAGGCCUAUAAAGCGGACCCCUUUCGACAAGGCCUCACUCCCCCCCAGAUGCCUGGGGACCACAUGCACCCCUUUGGAAGUGAAUACCACUGCUUGGAUGCUGACUCCCUCUGUCACCUUGGCGACUGCCUGUCCCCCCACGACCCCUCCUUUCUCAACCCCAUCGACCGCCUCUGCUCCAUGCAGGACUCCUACUUUGCGUCCUGAGUGCCCCAGGGCAGGUGGCCAGUGUCCCAUGGGGGAAGAGAGUGCACCUCUCUCGGGCCAAGCUUCGGAGGUAUCAGGCUGAAAAACAUUUCCCUCUGUUGUACGGAACAGAAAAGACUCAUCAGGGGCUCGCGGACGGCGACCACCGGGGAGGGUCAACCCACGUGAAAACCCAUGAAACCAGACUGAAAGGAUCUUGCACUGUUUCCACAACAGACGUUUUGGCGAAGCCCCCAGUAUGCGAUUUAGAAACGUUUCACCCAGCGCUGGAGGGAAACACGGCAUAUGCUGUAAAUAACUCCUCUGUAUUUAUAAACAUUGUAUGACAUUAGCUAUAGGCAGGUUUGGGGCAGUUGGAUCAUUAAAUCACAGGUAGUACUGGUAGUUUAGGGUAACGCCUCCCAGCCUUUUGAUGACCGUGGACCAGUAAAACUUGUAAAUAUGGGUAAGGAGGGGGGGGGGGGGUACUGGUUGUAAAACUUUUUGACCAGUGGGCAGGAUGGGUGUCAAGCGAUGGACCAGAUAAAUUUAGCUGUUCUCAUUUUUUUUUCAGAUGCCAUCAGAAUGUUUGAACAUCAGGAGUCGUAAAAAUGGCUUGGGUUGAAAAUAUAUUGAUUGUUUUGGGAAAUAAACCCAUCACACCCGCAAACCCCCAGCAUUCUGCGGGCCGGUGGAAUUGGGGAUUUAAUGAGCGUCAGUCUCGACUGGGCUGGAAAGCCGCAGAAAAGCUGGGGAGCUGGACCAUGUGCCCUUUGGAAUCCCCCCCCCCCCGGUAUGUAGAGAGUCAGGUAGCAUCCCACAGAGUCACCUGAGAGCAGGGAGAGCGUGGUGCCGGUCACAGUUGGAGGGGCAGCGGCCAGCCCUGGAGGGUGGGGGGGGGGCGGGGCUCUCAGUGCAGGUAAUCUAACGCCAGGCUGGUAAUGUGCAGGUUAGCCACACGUGACGGAGCGCAGAAAAUGGAGAUACCAGCACGGGUUCGGUCCAAGGUCAGGAGCCCAAUCUGAGCAUUUUACUCUGCAUGCGACUCCCCCACGUUGGCCCAGAGCAGGCAACUCUUACUGACUCACA